AUGAUAGUUGACCCUCCAGCUUCUCCACCUAAACGUGCUCAACCACCUACCAACCAACCAAUAGCAUCCUCCCAAAAGCGACAGAGAUCACCUACUUCCUUACCUAGUACUUCUACUUACCCACAACCAACUCCAAGCAAAAGAACCAAUACCACCAAUUUACCAACCUCCCCUUUUACUCCAAUCUCCAAUUCUGUUAGACCUCUACCUACAAGUUCACCUGCUACCCCAUCAAGACCUAGAUCCAACCCCGAAACUCCAAGAUCAUCAACCAAUUCUACUUUCCGUCGACGUCUAAGCUUAGGUUCUAAAUCACCAAACCAUCCUCGUCGUCAUGAUUGUAACAAGAACAAAUCAACAUGGACACUCCCUGAAGUAACCAAACCAACCAUUAUCAUAGGAUCUUCAAAUAUUUCCCGAAUUCCAGAGGUCAACCAGGACACCCAAGCUGAAUCUUAUCCCGGAGCCAAAAUUAACCACAUCAUCGAUAUCCUUACAAAGAUUAAUCCAACAUCAAUACCAUCCAAAGUCCUUCUCCAUAUUGGCCUCAACAACAAGAAUGAACCAGGUGAAUCCAUCCACAGACAGAUGCUGGAAUUGUUAUCCCUCGCCAAAACCAAAUUCCCAUCAGCCAACGUAUUCGCCACCCAGAUACCAGAUCCUCCAACGCCAGAGACCAAAUUUAGCCGCCAACUUACGAAAAUUCAAGACCUUCUUUUUCAUAAGCCAUCUCCGUUUGCAAAGACUAUGCCGCGAUUCAAUGGAAUGAUCGAGAUUUGCUAUAGAAUAUUUGGAGCUCCAAGACAUGGAGGUCAACAAAGACCACCACCAGAAAAGUACAGAAUUUCAUCAAAAGCUGCCCGAGAAAAACCAUCAGCCUACAGAAGAGGAGAUCCAGAGUUGGGGAAGGAAUAUUGUGCCUACAAGCCAAACUGUAGUCAAGGGCAAUAA